UACCUACCUACAGGCAGCGGGAGUGAGUGAGGUAGAUAGCGGACGGCCCUUCGGAUGCUCGGCCGCGGGGGGAAGAAGCUGCUGCGGAUAUCCGUCUCAUACCUGCCUCAAAACGGGCUCUUUUCUCUCCCUCCUCCUUCCCCUCGCUGACCGUUUUGUGUGAAAAGCGAGAUAAUAAAAGCCUGGUUUUGGUUUCGUCACGCGCUGCACCGGUAGCAGCGCGGAGGAAAAGAUCUUUUUUUCCGAGGAUGCGGAUUUAACGGAAAGACGUUAUCUGUUACCUGGGAUUCUUAACGGUUAAAAUUCGAAUUAGCUUCGUCGCACGCGCCGAUAGCGGAGGAAGAUAUUUUUCAUGUCUGCUGAUAUUUCGCACAUACUGACGCGGUAGUAAUAAUAUCGACAGCUUCUGUAGCAGAAGACAAAAUAAAGGGGUUGAAUGUGUUUUCCUCCAGCCUGGACACCAUGAGCACCAUCUCGCCGACGGACUUUGACAGCUUGGAGAUCCAGCAGCAGUACAAUGACAUCAACAACCGCUGGGACCUGGCAGCAGAGACUGACUGGGACAAUGAGAACAGUUCAGCACGCCUCUUCGAGCGCUCACGCAUCAAGGCUUUAGCAGAUGAGCGUGAAGCAGUACAGAAGAAGACCUUCACCAAAUGGGUGAACUCUCACUUAGGCCGGGUGACUUGUCGCAUUGGUGACUUGUACACCGACCUGCGCGAUGGCCGCAUGCUCAUCCGCCUUCUGGAAGUGCUCUCAGGAGAACAGCUGCCAAAGCCCACUAAGGGCCGCAUGCGAAUCCACUGCCUGGAGAAUGUUGAUAAAGCCCUGCAGUUUCUCAAGGAGCAAAAAGUCCAUCUAGAAAACAUGGGCUCACAUGACAUUGUGGACGGGAAUCACCGUCUCACCCUGGGUCUCAUCUGGACCAUAAUCCUUCGCUUCCAGAUCCAAGACAUCAGUGUGGAGACGGAGGACAACAAGGAGAAAAAAUCAGCUAAAGAUGCUCUGCUGCUUUGGUGCCAAAUGAAAACUGCUGGAUACCCCAAUGUCAACAUCCACAACUUCACUACCAGCUGGAGAGAUGGACUGGCGUUCAAUGCCAUUGUGCACAAACACAGACCCGACGUGAUUGAGUUUGACAACCUGAAGAGGUCCAACGCUCACUACAAUCUCCAGAAUGCUUUUAAUGUGGCUGAGAAGGAGCUGGGGCUGACCAAGCUGCUGGACCCAGAAGAUGUUAAUGUUGACCAGCCUGAUGAAAAGUCCAUCAUUACCUAUGUGGCGACCUACUACCAUUACUUCUCCAAGAUGAAAGCCCUGGCAGUGGAGGGCAAACGUAUUGGAAAGGUACUGGACUAUGCUAUUGAGGCAGACCAGCUGAUUGAGAAGUAUGAGACCCUGGCCUCAGAGCUGCUGCAGUGGAUAGAGCAGACCAUAGGGACGCUUAAUGAUCGGCAGCUGGCUAACUCACUGAAUGCUGUGCAGAACCAGCUACAGGCUUUCAACUCUUACCGAACUGUGGAGAAACCUCCCAAAUUCACAGAGAAAGGAAACUUGGAGGUUCUCCUCUUUACUAUCCAGAGCAAAAUGAGAGCAAACAAUCAGAAAGUCUACAUGCCAAGAGAGGGCAAACUCAUCUCAGACAUCAAUAAGGCAUGGGAGCGUCUGGAAAAGGCAGAGCACGAACGAGAGCUGGCACUGAGGAACGAGCUGAUCCGCCAGGAGAAGCUGGAGAUGCUCGCUGCACGUUUUGAUCGCAAAGCAGCUAUGAGGGAGACCUGGCUGAGUGAGAACCAGAGGCUGGUGUCCCAGGACAACUUUGGAACUGACUUGGGGGCUGUGGAAGCUGCCACCCGUAAACACGAAGCAAUUGAGACAGACAUUGGGGCAUACUGGGAGCGUGUUGCUGCUGUGGAGGCUGUUGCCAAAGAGCUGGAAGCCGAGAGGUACCACGAUGUGAGGCGCAUACUUGCGCGAAGGGAUAAUGUGCUACGACUCUGGGAAUACCUGAAAGAGCUUCUGGCUGCACGAAGAGAGCGGCUGAAUGCCCAUCGUGACCUACAGAGACUGUUUGAGGAGAUGCGCUACAUAAUGGACUGGAUGGCAGAAAUGAAGGGCCGUCUGCAGUCUCAGGACAGUGGCAAACAUUUGCAUGAUGUGUUAGACCUAUUGCAGAAACACACUCUGGUAGAGGCUGACAUUUCAGCUCAGGCAGAGCGGAUCAAGGGAGUGCAGGGAGCUGCACAGCGCUUCACCUCCUAUGAACAGGCCUACAAACCUUGUGAGCCGGGGCUAGUUAGUGAGAAGGUUGACCUGCUGGGUCAGGCCUAUGAGGAGCUCGGCCAGCUUGCAGGGAAACGUAGAGUGCGCCUAGAGGACUCCCGUCGCCUGUGGCAGUUCCUGUGGGAUGUUGGAGAGGAGGCAGCCUGGAUCAGAGAGCAGGAGCAGAUACUGGCCAGUGGAGACUGCGGCCGUGACCUCACUUCUGCCCUUCACCUGCUCAGCAAACACGAGGCCUUCAGGGAUGAGAUGGCAGCCCGUUAUGGCCCCCUGAGUAACAGCAUCGCUGCUGGAGAAGCUUUGAUUCAGGAGGGACACUUUGGAGCUCCAGAGGUCACAGAGAGGAUUCAAGACAUCCGUGGGCAGUGGACGCAUCUGGAGGAGACAACUAAGCUCAGAGAGCAGAGCCUUAAGGAAGCAGUGGCCCUGCACCAGUUUCAAACAGAUGCUAAUGACAUGGAGGCAUGGAUCAUGGAGACACUCAGACAGGUCUCCAGUCAAGAGGUGGGCCAUGAUGAGUUCUCUACACAAACUCUGGCUCGCAAGCAGAGAGAGAUAGAAGAGGAGAUACAGAGUCAUCGCCCCGGCAUCGACUCCCUGCAUGAACAGGUUCAAGCACUGCCACCAGCCUAUAUAGAUUACCCUCAGGUGGAUGGCCGCCUACCUGCUAUUGAGCAGCGCUUUGAAGAGCUGGAGUCUCUGUCAGCAGCUCGGCGCCAGGCUCUGGAAGGUGCCCUGGCCCUCUACCGCAUGUUUAGUGAAGCUGAUGCCUGCCAGCUCUGGGUGGAGGAAAAGGAGCAGUGGUUAGAUGGUAUGGAGAUCCCAACCAAACUGGAGGACUUGGAGGUGGUGCAGCAGAGAUUUGAGACACUGGAACCUGAGAUGAACAGCUUAGGAACUCGUGUCACUGAUGUGAAUCAGGUGGCCGAGCAGCUGCUGAGCUCCGACAACUGCAACAAAGACCAGAUCCACCAGACAAGAGACAAACUGAACAACAGGUGGAAAGAGUUCGAAAAACUGGCUAGCCAAAAGAAACUCGCCCUUGAGUCGGCCCUUAACAUCCAGAACUACCACUUGGAGUGUAAUGAGAUCCAAACUUGGAUGAAGGAGAAGACCAAAGUGAUUGAAUCUACCCAGAGCCUGGGCAACGACUUGGCUGGUGUGAUGGCACUGCAACGCAAACUCACUGGCAUGGAGAGGGACCUGGAAGCCAUUCAGGGGAAACUAGAUGAGAUGAAUAACGAGGCUACAAAGCUGGACAAGGAACAUCCAGAUCAGGCUGGAGAGAUCCAAGGACACCUAGAAGAGAUUCAAGAGGUGUGGGAUGAGUUGAACACCACCAUGAAGCGGCGCGAGGAGUCACUGGGCGAAGCCAGCAAGCUGCAGGGCUUCCUCAGGGAUCUGGAUGACUUCCAGUCCUGGCUGUCCCGCACCCAGACAGCCGUGGCCUCAGAGGACAUUCCCACCUCUCUACCUGAGGCUGAGAGUUUGCUAGCCCAACACGAGAGUAUUAAAAACGAGGUGGAUAACUAUAAAGAGGACUACGAGAAGAUGCGUGCAGUGGGUGAGGAGGUGACCCAAGGUCAGACGGAUGCUCAGUACAUGUUCUUGGCCCAGAGGCUCCAGGCUCUGGACACUGGCUGGCAUGAGUUGCGCCGCAUGUGGGAAAACCGCCACAGUCUCUUGGCCCAAGCCUUUGACUUCCAGACUUUCUUGAGAGAUGCAAAGCAGGCAGAGGCUUUCCUCAACAGCCAGGAGUACGUGCUUUCCCACACAGAGAUGCCCACCAGUCUUCAGGGAGCAGAGGAGGCCAUUAAGAAGCAUGAAGAUUUCCUCACCACCACAGAAGCCAGUGAGGAGAAGAUAACUGGCGUGGUGGAGGCUGGACGGCGCCUCAUUAAUGACAGUAAUGCAAACGCUGAUAAGAUCCAGGAAAAAGUUGAUUCCAUCCAGGAAAGGCAUCUCAAGAAUAAGGAAGACGCAAAUGAAUUGCUGGGAAAACUUAAGGAUAACCGCGAACUGCAGCAUUUCCUCCAAGAUGGACAGGAGCUCACAUUGUGGAUCAAUGAGAAGAUGCUGACAGCACAGGACAUGUCUUACGAUGAGGCCAGAAAUCUUCACAGCAAGUGGCAGAAACAUCAGGCCUUCAUGGCAGAGCUGGCCUCCAACAAAGACUGGCUGGACAAAAUUGAUAAGGAGGGUCAGGCACUGGUGGCAGAGAAGCCAGAGCUGAAACCUGUUGUUCAGCAGACCCUCGAGGACCUCCAGCGUCAGUGGGAGGAGCUGGAGGGCACCACCCGCACAAAGGCCCAAUGCUUGUUUGAUGCUAACAGGGCCGAGCUCUUCACACAGAGCUGCUCUGCUCUGGAUGUCUGGCUGAAAAACCUUGAGGGUCAGCUGCAUAGUGAUGACUAUGGCAAAGAUCUGACGAGUGUCAACAUCCUGCUGAAGAAGCACCAGAUGCUGGAGCACCAGAUGGAGGUCAGAGAGAAGGAGGUGCAGUCCCUCCAGUCUCAGGCUCUGGCCCUGUCCCAGGAGGAUGCUGGACUUGCUGAAGUAGAUGGUCAGCAAAGACGCGUCGCUGACAGCUUCUGCAACCUUCAGGAUCCUCUCCAGCUUAGGAGAAACCGACUACUCGCCUCUAAAGAAGCACAUCAGUUCAAUAGAGAUCUGGAGGAUGAAAUUCUAUGGGUGAAAGAGAGGAUGCCCCUGGCCGACUCCACUGACCAUGGGAAAGACCUGCCCACCGUACAGCUGCUAAUCAAGAAGAACCAGACGUUGCAGAAAGAGAUCCAGGGCCACCAACCUCGCAUUGAUGACAUCCAUAGACGAGGCAAGACUCAGAGCCAGGUCGAUGGUGAGAGGCAGUCUGUCCUAGAGGAGCGCCUUGUUGAGCUGCGGGACCUCUGGGACCAGCUGAUUGCCGAGACAGACAAACGUCACGCCCGUCUAAUAGAGGCCAAUCGCGCCCAGCAGUUCUAUGCUGAUGCAGCAGAGGCAGAGGCCUGGAUGGGAGAACAGGAGCUACACAUGAUGUCGGAAGAAAAAGCCAAGGAUGAGCAGAGCGCACUAGUGAUGGUCAAGAAGCACCAGACCCUGGAACAGGCACUUGAAGACUACGCCCAAACCAUUCACCAACUAGCCAACAGCAGCCGCCUCAUGGUCACCAGUGAACAUCCAGAGAGUGAGAGAAUCACCUUACGGCAAGCCCAAGUUGACAAACUGUAUGCAGGGUUGAAAGACCUGGCUGAGGAGCGUCGCGGGCGGCUUCAGGAGAGGCUGCGGCUCACCCAGCUGAAGCGAGAGGUGGAUGACCUGGAACAGUGGAUUGCUGAGAGGGAGGUGGUUGCUGGCUCCCAUGAAUUAGGACAGGACUAUGAACAUGUCACAAUGCUGAGGGACAAGUUCCGGGAGUUUGCUCGUGACACAAGCACCAUCGGCCAAGAGCGCGUAGAUGGUGUAAACGGGCUGGCAGAUGACCUGAUUGAGUCGGGUCAUCCUGAGAACGCCAGCGUGGCCGAGUGGAAGGAUGGGUUGAACGAGGCUUGGGCCGACCUGCUAGAGCUGAUCGACACACGCACACAAAUGUUAGCAGCCUCCUAUGAGUUGCACCGCUUCCAUCAGGAUGCCAUGGAGGUGCUCGGACGUGUUAAGGAAAAGAGAGAGGGGCUGCCAUCUGAUCUCGGCCGCGAUCUUAACACCGUUCAGCAUCUACACAGACAGCACAACACUUUCGAAAAUGACAUCCAAGCCCUCAGUGGACAGGUGAACCAGGUGCAAGAUGACGCAGCCCGGCUGCAGAAGGCGUAUGCUGGGGAGAAAGCUGACGACAUUAACAGGAGUGAACAUGCAGUGACUUCUGCCUGGGAGGGUCUGCUUGAGGCCGGUCAGGCCCGCAGGCUCCUCCUGCUGGACACUGUGGAGAAGUUCCGCUUCUUCAACAUGGUGCGAGACCUCAUGCUCUGGAUGGACGGCGUCAACCUGCAGAUAGACGCACAUGACAGCCCCAGGGAUGUGUCCUCUGCAGGGCUGGUCAUUGCCAAUCAUCAGGACAUCAAGUCUGAGAUUGAGACCAGAGCAGACAGCUUUACUGCCUGUAUCGAGAUGGGAAAUACUCUCAUCAACAAUAAUCACUAUGCAGCUGAUGAGAUCCGGGAGAAACUGGCUCAACUCCAGGAAAAGAGAGAGAAGAUCAACAAAAAGUGGCAAGACAAGAUGGACCAUUUACAAAUUGUGCUGGAGGUGUUGCAGUUCGGACGCGACGCCUAUGUGGCAGAGUCUUGGCUGGCAGGGCAAGAACCGCUGGUGCGAGCAGCAGAGCUGGGCUCAAAUGUGGAUGAGGUAGAGAGCCUAAUUAAGCGCCAUGAGGCCUUUGAGAAACUUGCUGCAGCAUGGGAAGACCGCUUUGUGCUGCUGGAGAAACUCACUACACUUGAAGAGCAUGAGAUCCAGAGGAGGCGAGAAGAAGAAGAGAGAGCACGGCGACCGCCCACACCACCCCCAGCAGAAGUGGCACAAUCGGAGACAGAAAGUCAAGCAAAUGAUUCUGCAGCCAGAACCAGUCUGGACCAGACCACUCUCAAUCAGUCGGUGCCAGUGAUUGAGUGUUACAGUGACAAUGACACAUCGCAGCAGUCAUUAUCGCUAUCGUUGUCAGUGGGAAAGAAAUCAGAGCCUAAACGUGUGUGUAAGCCAAAGCAGCCGGAGCGUGGCUCAGAGUCUGAGUCAGUGAACGGACCGGGCAGGGACAGCGGGCUGGCUUCCUCUCGCCUCGAGCCUUCCGCCACGUUACCGAGCAGGGGGGGAGCAGAGUCUGAGCCAGACACCAUGGAGGGGAUGCUCUGUCGAAAACAGGAGAUGGAGUCCCACAGCAAAAAGGCAGCUAGCAGGUCCUGGCAGAACGUGUACUGUGUCCUUAGAAAAGGAAGUCUCGGCUUCUAUAAAGACGGAAAGAGUGCGAGCAACGGCAUUCCAUACCACGGAGAGGUACCGAUCAGCCUCGGAGAGGCCGUGUGCGAGGUAGCCAACGACUAUAAGAAGAGGAAAUUUGUAUUCAAGCUCAGGCUAGGGGAUGGAAAAGAGUAUCUGUUCCAAGCAAAGGAUGAGGCGGAGAUGAGCUCCUGGAUCCGCUCCAUCCUCAGCUCCAUUCCAGCAGGAUCGGGAGACUCGCCCGUGGGUCCGCGGGCCCUCAGCCGCGCCAUGACCAUGCCUCCCAUCUCCCCCAGCUCGGGCGAGGCCGGAGGCGUCACCAUGCGCAACAAAGACGGGAAAGAGAAGGAUCGCGAGAAGAGGUUCAGCUUCUUUGGCAAGAAAAAAUAGAACAUUUGCAAGAAAGAAAAAUCGACGGAAACUACAUUUUUUUGUCAAAAUUUCAACAAACUGAUGCAGGCAGAAAGCAAAGUACAAACAGGUCACACAAACACACUGCUCUCAGUGCAGGCCCCGAGGAAUUUGUCGACAGCUGCAGUAUGUGGCUUACAGAGAACCUUGUUUCUUUUCUUUCUCUCCGAUUCUCUCCCUCAUCAGUUUUAUCUGUCAUUUACUUUUUCGUUCACCCAAAUUCACAUUCAGCUGCACCCGACAAUGAAAGCCCUCAUCCAAUCAGAGCCAGAGCUUAUUAGUCAGUAACAGGUGUGGUUGGCAUUAGCAGGGAUUCAGGCCCAGUUCCAAUCAAACCAAAAUGGCCCUCCCUCAGCAUGAAUAUUUUCUCUCCAGUGAGUCUUGACUAGCUGAGUCGUUCGGAUGCCGUGUCACUAAUAAAACGAUGGAUGGAGGCUUUCCACUGUGGUGCACGCUGCUUUUUAUUUCCCCACUUUAAAACGCUCUCUCUCUGGGAAGGAUCGCAUCAGUCUCUUUUUCUGUUCUUGGUAUUGAUGUUAUAAACCUGACCAAUAUUAUUGCUAUUAUUAUUAUUAUUAUUAUUAUUAUUAUGAUUAUUUAUCUUUUGCUAUUGCUGGUUUGAGAAAACUAAUUAAUUUGCCAGUAGAUAAUCUUAAUUCAUGUUGUGGAGAGAAACACAUUUGGUUAAACUAGUGGAGAAUGUUGGGCUUGCCCUUGUAUGUAUUUUUUUUUCUUUCUUUUUUUAGGAAUGACAGUUGAGGUGAUUUGAGAAAAAAAUAAAGCUCAUUAAAUUUUAGCAGUGUGCUGUAAGUGAUCACAAGUUUCAUUGGGAAAUGAUAUAUAUAAAUAUAUAUAUAUUUAAUAAGUGGUUUUAUUUUUUAUUUUGUCUCUAAUUUUUCCUGUACUUGAUUUUUUUUUUUUUUUUUUUUUUGAGUGAUCUUUUCUGCUUGAUUUUCGAUUUUUUUUUUGUCUGUACAAAGCAGAGAAGAUUAGUUUUCUAGUGUGCGUGUGUGUGUGCGUGUGUGUGUGUGUGUGUGUGGUGCCGUGGAUUUUGCACGUUUAUGUUAUUCCUGAUCAAACGUGGCCAGAUGAAUGCUGCUUUUCGGCCCGCGAACGCAGACGAAAACCAGACACAAACACAAAAUAAUAUUACUGGAAUGAUUUCAUAAAAUUAGCUUUUUCUUUGCUUCUGGUUUUUCUUAUAUGUAAGCUGACAUUACCAAUGAAGUUCCUCCAGACGGUUUUUAUUAUUUCUGUUUUAGUCUUCUAAUAUUUUAUUUCCGUUCUCUCUCUCUCUAUCUGCUGGUGUGAAGGCAUGGGGGCAGUUUGUAGAUAAAAAUCUGAAGCACAUUUUCUGUGGCAGACUGCAGGGAUGCGAGCAGGACAGAUGGACAGCUGGACAGGUCUCAUUAGGUGAAGUGAGGGGUGUGGAAGUGAUAUUGGACAGGCGGUGAGGAAUGCGCUUUAUGUGCGACCUGACGGAGAGGUGUACUGAGCCUUACUUGAACCCACAACAGAUACACUGAACCCCUUUAUACAAACCCACCCUCCAUUCGAACAGUUUUAAAGGAAGCUUUCGUGGUACGAAAAUAAGAAUGUUAAAAUGUGCCCUGUGGCAAUGAUCUAAUGUAUGUCAGUGGAUUCUAUAUGCAGGUACAAUAAAAGCUCUGCUCACUCGCGGUGGCAGAGAUGGGGGAAGGCCUAAAUUGUCUCUUAGACGAGCUUUGUGCUCUUGCAUAUGUGGCAUGACUUCAUGUAGGUUUAUACUUGUGUGUGUCUCAUCAUUGCCAUCUAUUCUCUUCUGUCUCGAUGUACUCUGAAAAUCACCUCAUAUUCAGGGUCGGAGAGCAACUAAUCAUUUGUAAUUGGCAUUUGCAGUAAUCCAAAUAUGGCAAUCCAAUAUAGUUAAUGUAAAAAAAAAGAAAAGAAUUAUAGGUGUUUAUUAGUUUCCUCUAAUAGGGUGAAUGUUUGAAAGGCAGUUACAGUAUAUUGUGAGACUGUAGGCUGUAGUGCAAUGUAUUACAUAAAUUGGUGUCCAAGUUUUAAUUUGCCUUUUCUAACUGCCAAAAUGCUACAGGAAGUUACUGGGAAAACAAUUCUGAAGUUAGGAGUUUUACAGAUUAUUUUAUGCAAGUAAUUCAUUAUUUGUGAUUUAUUACACCUUGAAAGUAACUCCUUAAUGCUGGUAAUUGCCUGGAUGCCUUGAAGGGCUCAUUCGUCACACCUGUGAUAACACAAACAGCUGGAAGUAAACAGUUUAAACAGCCUUAUUUAUCAGUCCCAAAUGAAUGUGGAACCAGUGGUGUAACGCUCAAAUCAAAGACCCUCCAAAGCCAGAGAAGAGAAAUAUCUCAGCAUCCACUUUGAGACGAUUGACGGCACCUGGUCCAAACUUUCUCAAACUGACUGCCUUGUUUCUGUCAGUGGGAUUUUGUAUCUCAGAUGUAUUUCCCAAGUUUAUUAGCCUUUAAACUCUGCUGCGAUCUGGGAAACUAGUCAAUAAAUGCAUACAUAAGUGAGCCAACGCAGUUACCGUACAUUGUGCACAAUUUCGAAUGGAGGAGUCACCCAUCCCCCCUGUGGAUGAGCCGUUUCUAGUGAUUAUUGUUGCUACCUUUUCUCUGCUCUGGACAUCAGACACAGCAUCCAGUUGAUGUUAGGGGACUUCAAGUUUAAAGGUCACACAGUGUAUUUUCUUAUCAGCUCAUUUGAAUGUGAAUGAUUCAAAUUAGUUUGGCCAAAUUGGUCAUGUGAAGCAAAAAUAUUUCUCAUACUUGACGUACUCUACAUGAGCUCUCUCUCUCUCUUUCACACACAUUAACACUGUACUGUAUAUUUAAUGCAGAAUGACCUUGGCAAUCCAGUCUUGUGGAAAAUGUCCUCAGCUGGCUGUUACUCGAUGUUGCAUAUGGCAUCCUUUUUAAAAAUAGCAUUGUGCUACUGAUGAGCUUUGACCAGAAGAUGGGAAGUAAUGUAUUAUUGAUGUCAAAGAGAUGAGGUUUUGGUUAUGAGAGUACUUGUAACAAUGGAGUGCUUAAUUAAGAAAUAAAAACAACUUUUACUUGUUAAGUAUUAGAUAUGGGUGAAAACAGACUGGUGACAAUUUGAGCUUCCUUUUUUAGAAGAAGGCAGGAUAUUUGCUGUCUAGUGGGAGCUUGUAUUUUUUCAUCCAGUGGUCUGUCUUGCAGCAUUUGAUAAGCCUGUCCUCCUACCUUCAUUUCUCAUUACUUUUGACAAAUGUCUGUUCCUUCCUCUGUAAUUCAGAGUUGUUAAUACCACUACUACUAUUAAUUGCUAUUAUUAUCAUUAUUGCUACUGUUACUAUUACUACUACUGUUACUAAUGCAACUUAUUGCAAAAAUUAUAACGGCUGUCCAUUUUCAGGUACGUGUCUGUAAUACCAGACCCUUCCACACGAUGUCAGUGUGCUGUGGAGCAUUUUCAUUACAAAUCGAAAAUAAUGUUUGUUGACUUGUGUAUCUACAUCUAAUAUUAGGAAUAAUAAAACAUGGUUUAAUCAAAA